GAGCGUCAGAGGCAGGCCCACGUGGACUGUGUUGACUGUCAAAGUCUCAAGGUACUCAGUACCCGGAAGCCCUGAGUUCUGACCGAAGUCCCUGUCCAUCAGCCGGCUAGUUUUCCCGGGACCCGGCGAGGACCGAGCCAUGAGCUCCGCGGGCGUGCUGUCUUUCGCCCAGCAAGGCUGGGAGCAGGUGCUGGCCAAAGUGAAGCGGUCGGUGGUCUACCUGGACGCCGCCUGCGCAGAGAGCCUGCACUGGAGCUGCGGAUCAAGCAGGCUUCUGGAGGCGAUAAAGGGUCCUGCGUGCAACUUGAGGGAAUUUGAGCCCCACGCAAUUGGCGGUGGAGCCGAGCAGCCCCGGGCCGUGUUCGUGUUGAGCUGCCUGCUGAAAGGCCGGGUAUUAGACACUCUACGAGAUAUCAUUUGCCGCAGUCACUUUCAGUACUGUGUGGUGGUCACGGCCGUGAGCCACGCAGUCCACCUCACUGCUAACCACGUACCAGCGGCCGCGGCAGCCGAGCUAGAGGGGCAGCAGCCGGUGUUCGAACAGCUGGAGGAGAAACUGUGUGAGUGGAUGGGCAACAUGAACUACACGGCUGAGGUGUUCCACAUCCCGUUGUUGCUCGCCCCUGCUGCUCCGCACCUUGCAUUUACUCCUGCUUUUGCUACCCUUUUCCCACUGCUCCCUCGGGAUGUACAUCUUCUUAACAGUGCCAGACCCGACAAGAGGAGACUGAACAGUUUGGCCGAGGUGGAUGCCGCCUCCCUGACCCCAGAGCUGCUGCUGUACAUCAGAUGCCUCGUGUCAGGCCUUAGCUCUCUAUGUGAGCAUCUAGGGGUGCGAGAGGAAUGUUUCGCUGUGGGUUCCCUCAGUCGGGUCAUCGCUACAGAUCUGGCAAAUUAUGCCCCUGCCAAGAACAGGAAGAGGACUGCUACAGGGAGGGCUUCCGUGAUCUUUGUGGAUAGAACUCUGGAUCUCACGGGAGCGGUUGGACAUCAUGGAGACAACUUAGUAGAGAAGAUCAUUUCAGUGCUCCCGCAGCUUCCAGGUCACACCAAUGAUGUGAUAGUCAACAUGGCAGAGCUCACUGCUGUCCAAUCUGUGGAGGAAAACCAGAACGUGAUUGCACCAGGCUGCCUAGCACAAUCUAAUGACGCCUCAGCCAAGGCCCUGUGGGAAGUCUUACUGAACACCAAGCACAAAGAAGCAGUGAUGGAAGUUCGGAGACAUCUAGUGGAAGCAGCCAGCAGAGAAAACCUGCCCAUCAAGAUGAGUAUGGGAAGAGUCACUCCAGGGCAGCUCAUGUCCUAUAUUCAGCUGUUCAAGAACAACCUUAGAGCUCUUACAAAUCACUGUGGGCUCCUACAGCUUGGGAUGGCCACAGCUCAAACUCUGAAGCACCCUCAGACUGCCAAGUGGGACAACUUUCUGGCAUUUGAAAGGCUCCUUCUCCAGAGCCUUGGGGAUUCAACCAUGGCUGUUGUGCUAAAUCAGCUGCUGCCUAUGAUUAAGUCCUCAAGCCAGAGAGCCAGUGAUGACUACAGGCCCGAGGAACUGCUAAUCCUCCUCAUAUACAUUUACUCAGUCACUGGAGAGUUGACGGUGGACAAAGACCUGGAAGAAGCCGAAGGAAGGGUGAAGAAAGCAUUGGCCCGCGUCUUCUCUGAGGAGUCUGAGUUGUCACCCUUGCUGCAGAGAAUCACAGGCUGUGAUUCCACAAUUAACCUGACAUUUCCCAAAUCCCAAAUUGCUGUGGAUGAUGUCUUCAUGGCUCUCCGGGAGAUCGCUGGAGCUAGGAACCUCAUGAGACAGUUUACGUCUGUGUAUAUUCCUGGAAAUCAUACCCAUCAGGCGUCCUAUAAGCCACUGUUGAAGCAGAUUGUGGAGGAAAUAUUUAAUCCUGAGAAGCCAGAUCCCAUUGAUGUUGAACAUAUGUCCUCAGGCCUCACUGAUCUCCUUAAAACUGGAUUCAGCAUGUUCAUGAAGGUGAGCCGGCCCCAUCCCAGUGACCAUCCCCUCCUGAUCCUCUUUGUGGUGGGCGGCGUCACAGUCUCCGAGGCCAAAAUGGUCAGAGACCUUGUAGCAUCUCUGAAACCAGGAACCCAGGUGAUGGUGCUGUCCACAAGACUCCUGAAACCACUUCACAUUCCUGAACUGCUCUUUGCAACUGACCGGCUACACCCGGACCUUGGCUUCUGACAUCGAAGAGAAGAUAAGACCUGUUUGAGCUGGAAAUACCAAUACCCAUCUGUCACCAUUCCAGAUAUGCCUCCAAAGCCAGUGUCCCCAUUUCUAAUUAUAGGUAUGACUUAGUUCAUAACCAUGCAGAAGGCAGUUUGCUUGGGUUCUUCAAAAGCGAAAUAAAGACUUGGAUUUUCGUUCUUCUAAA